GGCUCCCAGGACCCACGUGGGCAGCAUGUAGACCGUGGACUGGAAGGGGACGCAGGACACCAGACGCCAGUGAGAGCAUGGGAGCGCAGGCCGGCAAACAGAGACCAAGGCCACAGAGUUCUGAGAAGGCUCAAGGCGUGAGGAAUCAGAGCGCUGGCAGUUGUGAAGCGACAGAAGACAGCGGCACUUCUGGCCCGGGAGAGGCAGAUGUGAAGCGGAACAAUGAGAUGUCCUCGGAGGAGACAACAGUGACUGACUCCACGGGCGCAGCGGGUCCAAAGAGUGCCUGGCCCCGUGCCAGCACAGCUGACCCCGGCGCCGCCCGCCCCCACUUGGUCCGCCUCUUCUCCCGAGAUGCCCCGGGCCGCGAGGACAACACCUUCAAAGACCACCCCUCCGUAUCGGAUGAGCUGCACACCAUCGAGGAGCGCGGCGGGACGGGAUCGGAGGGCGGCCCGGAUUGUACGGAGCGCGAGGCAGAUUGAAGUUCUUACCCCGGU